CUCUGAAAGAGAGCAGGAGAGCGGCCGUUAGUUGCUUCAAUGGAGAUGUUGUAAACUGAAGAAAAGACUUUCUAUCCAUGAAAGAAGCUGUAAAACCAUCACAGUCACAAUGUGGAAACCAGAAAAAAGCAGCUUCAGCUCUGCAGCGGCCGCCGCGGUCACCUGCCUGCUCGUGACCGGGAUGCUGGUUGUCACUGUCGGACAGCCGAGCAGAAGAGAGCCGGCGGACCCCCCGGCUGCUGCUGCUGCUGCUGCUGCUGCAGCGGCGGGCGGAAAAGUUUUCUCGGCGUAUUUCCGGAAACUCACCCGGGAGAGGCGAGCGAUAAGCGACCCUUCUCGAAGACGCGCUCCCCCCGGGCCUGUGGAGCAUCUCUCCCCGGCUGACCUGUUCAUAGCGGUGAAAACCACCGGGAGUUAUCACCGGCAGAGACUGGAGCUGCUGCUGGACACCUGGAUCUCCAGAAAUAUGCAACAGACAUUCGUGUUCACUGAUGGAGAGGACGAGAAGCUGAGGAAAAGGAUGGGAGCUCACCUGAUCAACACCAACUGCUCAGCGGCUCACAAUCGUCAGGCCCUCUCCUGUAAAAUGGCUCUGGAGUACGACACCUUUAUUAACUCUGGGAAGAAGUGGUUCUGUCACGUAGAUGAUGAUAACUACCUGAACAUCGGCCCUCUCCUGAAGCUCUUGUCUCAGUACAGUCACACACAGGACGUUUACAUCGGGCGGCCCAGCCUCGAGCGACCAAUAGAGGCAAUGGAGAGGAUCGGCACCACAGAAAUGAAGCAGGUGCGAUUCUGGUUCGCAACAGGAGGAGCAGGAUUCUGUCUGAGCCAUGGCCUCGCUCUCAAGAUGAAACCCUGGGCGAGUGGUGGGACCUUCAUGGCGACAGCUGAGCACAUUCGCCUCCCAGAUGACUGCACCAUUGGUUAUAUCGUGGAAGCCCUGCUCGGCGUGAGCCUUACCCGCUCAGCAUUGUUCCACUCCCACCUGGAGAACCUGGGACUGGUGUCAGACACACACAACCAGGUGACUCUCAGCUACAGCACAGUGGAAAACAGCAGAAACACUGUCAGUGUAAAAGGACCAUUCUCAAUAACUGACGAUCCUACGAGGUUCAGGUCUGUCCAUUGUCUGCUGUACCCAGACACUGCUUGGUGCCCCAGCCCCCGGCGACUUUAACACCCAUCCAGAGGCCCAGGCUGCCCAGUGGAGGUGAACAAGUUAAUGUCUGACCUAACUGGAUUUUCUCUGAUGGAGGAGGAAAUCGUUGCAGACAUCCAGGAACAAAAAGAGGGAGUGUCACUGCUGCCCUCAUCUGGCCUUCAAGUGCUGAAGAAUCUGUGAAACAUCAAUGUUUUCCUCACGUCCAGCAGCAGUCUGAGUAUACUGAGUUUAUAUGAGGGACUACUGUUUUAUUAGUACCUUAACUCUGACCUUGUGAAUAGUUUGGUGUCAAAAGGUCAAAAAGAGAGAGACAGACAAUUUAUUUUACUUGUUACUUAUUUUUAGGUCCUGACGGUGGCACGAGAGGAAAAACAAAACAAAAGGCUUUAUCUUCUGUAUGUUGAAGAGCUGAGCUUGUCAGACCCACCAUCUCUUUCCUCUUGUCUAAGCUCAACAUCCAUUAGCUCAGCUGCACAUUCUCACGCUGUUAUUUAACCUCAGCUGCACCCUGGCUCAGCUAUAUUGAGGAUAAAGGGACAAUUCACCCCAAAAUCAAAACUACAGAUUUUCCUCUUACCUGCAGUGCUGUUUAUCUAUCUAGAUUGUUUUCAUGUGAGUUGCUUAAUGUUGGAUAUAUCGGCCCGAGAGACGUCUGCCUUUUCUCCAAGAUAAUAGAACUAGAUGGCACUCGACUUGAGUGCUCAAAGCGCCAAAAACAUUUGA